AUGAAGGCGACGACGACGCGCGAAGACGCGAGCGCGAGCGCGAGCGCGAGCGCGACGCCGUUCGUCGUCGUCCUGAGCCCGGCCAAGGCGUUGGACGAGGCGGCGAUGAACGCGAGCGAUGCGACGCGCGCGACGCGACCGAGAUUCGCGGAACGAGCGAACGCGAUCGCGCGCGAGGCGCGCGAACUCAAGGCGGGCGACCUGAAGACGCUCAUGGGGGUGUCGGACGCCAUCGCGAAGCUCAACGUCGAGCGAUUCGGAAACUUUGAGAAAGCGGCGACGAAGGCGUGCGCUUUGGCGUUCGAUGGGCCGGCAUUCAGGCACUUGAAGGCGUCGACGUUGAAGACGGAAGAGGAGAAGGCGUAUUUACAGAAACAUUUGAGGAUUUUAAGCGGGUUGUACGGUUGCCUGCGGCCGUACGACGCCAUCGCGCCGUACCGACUCGAGAUGGGAACGAAGUGGGCGCCGUCCGGCAAGGAUUUAUACGCGUAUUGGGGGGAAGACAUCGCGCUCGCCAUCGCGGACGAUUUGGACGAACAAGCGGCGACGAGUGGUGAAUCGAGCGCGAGGCCGUUCGUCGUGAACUGCGCGUCGCAAGAGUACUGGAAAUCGGUCAAGCGAGAGGCGUUGACAAAGCGAGGCGUAGACGUGUACACGAUGACGUUUCCCGGACCCGCAGUGUACGCCAAACAAGCUCGAGGAGCCAUGGUUCGACACUGCGUCGACGCUCGAGUGGCUUCGCCCGAAGAUCUGAAAACCUUUCGGGGCACGGACGGGUGCUGGAAGUUUGACGCCGCCGCGUCGUCCGAGUUCAAUUUCGUCUUCGCGCGAGGCGCCGUCAAAGCCGGAGACGCAAAGCCGGCGAAGAAGGCCAAGAAAGCGUAG